CUGCGCGGGGCCUGGGCCCCAGGGGUCGGCGCGUAUCCGACGCGGGGACCGGGAUCCCAGGGGCCCAAAGAGCUCCCAGCACGGACCAGGGCUCCCAGGGGGCCGGCCCUCCCAGCGUCGAGUCGGGGCUCCCCCAGUGCCGGGAAGGAGAUCCCAGGGGCCUAGGACGCAUCCAGUGUGGGAUGGGGGUUCCCCGGGCCCCUUGGAGCCCCCAGUGCAGAGACCGGCUCCUAGGGGUCCUGAGCUCUCUGAGUUGGGGAUGGGGCCCUAGGGAGGGCAGAUGGUGCACCCUUCUCCCAGGCUCUGAUAAAUGUCUCUUUGUCUUCCUAGUGCCACCCUACACCAUUGUCUACUUCCCGGUUCGAGGGCGCUGCCAGGCCAUGCGCAUGCUGCUGAGUGACCAGGGCCAGAGCUGGAAGGAGGAGGUGGUAACCAUGGAGAACUGGCUGCAGGGCCCGCUUAAGGCCUCCUGUCUGUACGGGCAGCUCCCCAAGUUCCUGGACGGAGACCUCACCCUGUACCAGUCCAAUGCCAUCCUGCGGCACCUGGGCCGCUCCCUGGGACUCUAUGGGAAAAACCCAAAGGAGGCAGCCCUGGUGGACGUGGUGAACGACGGCGUGGAGGACCUGCGCUGUAAAUACGUCACCCUCAUCUAUACCAACUACGAGGCAGGCAAGGAUGACUAUGUGAAGGCCCUGCCCGGGCACCUGAAGCCCUUUGAGACUCUGCUGUCCCAGAACAAUGGGGGCCAAGCCUUCAUCGUGGGAGACCAGAUAUCCUUUGCUGACUACAACCUGUUGGACCUGCUACUGAACCACCAAGUGCUGGCCCCCGGCUGCCUGGACGCCUUUCCCCUGCUCUCGGCCUAUGUGGCUCGACUCUGUGCGAGACCCAAGCUCAAGGCCUUCCUGGCCUCCCCAGAGCACGUGAACCUCCCCAUCAACGGCAAUGGGAAACAGUGAGGGCUCUGGGGCCCUGGUUGGAGGGGUGCCUGCCUCCCUUUCCCAGGACCAAUAAAAUUUGUAAGAGAA